UUAGAUACAGAGAGGUUUUGCAGCGAUGGUCGGAGUGGAGUGGAGUGGAGGUUAGUGAGAGCAUCGAGAGAGAGAGAGAGAGCAGCAAGACAGACAGCACCGCUGCUGCUCUAUCCCGACUCUGCAGCAGCACUCACCUUCUGCUGCUGCUGUGACUCUGAACCUGGCGCUGCUGCUGCCAGCUCCAUCACGCCUCUCUCGCUUGUUCUCUGGACAAUGUUCCCAACGGGGGACUGACUCUACUGCGCUGUCUUCAUUUGCCUCUUAAGAUUCACCUCUCUCUGCUCUAACAGUGCCUCUGCCAUUCGCGCAUUGCUACAGGAACCUUUCGUAGACACUAGGCCCGCAUUGAAUUCUCGGAUCCCAUUGGCUCGACAGUAGUAGUAGUAGUAGUAGUAGUAGUGUGCCUGUAACCUGCCAUGCAGAGCUUGAACUGGCUCGCAUUUUGCAUUAUUUGCGUAGGGGUUGGUCUUCACGGAGUCUCUUCGCUGGACACUGAAGUACGUGGACUGGCCAAGGAAGUGAAGUAAUGAGUGUAUUGGAAGGUAGAGAGUGAGGUUGAGUUGUUUUAGACAGGUUUGUCUUUGCAUUCUGAGAUUCUUUCAUGCUCUACUCUUUGGUGCCGCAAGGAAGUGCUUGUGAAAUCGGAAGCCGUUUGGAAAUCCCUUCGAUGACCGAGAGCGAGCGAGCGAGAGAGAGAGAGAGAGAGAGAGAGAGAGUGAGAGUAAGUGAGUUUGUGUGAGAUCUUGGUAAUUCCAGCCUAAGAGCUCUUUGCUGCGAAUACGUCAUUCGGUAUUAGUCGGUCUGGACAUGCUCAGUCCCGAACAAAUGAAGUCAGUUUGGCGUGUAGGGUAAUCACUCCGUCCCCAAGAACCUUCCGAAACCAGAAACCUGCACAUGAAAAUUCUUGUCCAAGUUCUAGACGUAAAUUACCGAAUUCAAACACCGGUCUCAUGAUCAUUCAUUGAGGAAGUUCAGAAAAUUAUACUACAGAAGACGGUCGAAACUGCAGUUUAUGAACAUGGCAGAAGACAAGGCAGAAGAUCCAACAGAGCUACUUAAAACGCUGGCCGAGAAUCGAACCAUGUUAGAGAAGCAGAUCGGAUGCUUGGCAAGCUUACUACAGCUUUUUAGCCGCCAUCGCACAUUAGCUGGUUAUCGGUGUGGCUCUAAUCGCGCAAGCUCCGUUCACGAGAAAUCAUCUUCCCAUGCCAGUGAUACCCUGGUGCAGGAGGCUGGGAGUACCUUGAAGCAUCGUAGGUCUGAAAGGAAGCAGCUUGGGCCUAAAACGCCAAUAUGUACGGAAAAUGCGUCUGUGGAAGCUCGGUCACUUCUCGACAAGGACGAUAUUCUUUCUGAAGCAGCAACUCCUUCCCGGCUUUCCUUCUACUUUGAAAACCAGCCUGCGAAAGCCUCACCGAGGAGAGCAUCACCCAAUCACUCCCCAGUGCACCACCAAAUUCAACGUGUGUUCCCUUCUCAGCGUAGAAUGUCUUUAGAUAGGAAACCUUCCUACGAAGGUUUUGCGAUGUCACCUAAUUCCUCUCUCAUUCAUAAUGUUGCGCGGAAUUCGUUGAACAGAGAGAAACCGCGAGUGUCAGUGGAUAACUCUAACAGAGAGGUGAUGGCUGGUCUAAUUCGGUUGAAGAACUUGGCUAGAUCACGCUCAGUCGGUGGAAGAAAUGCAUACCCUAGGACAUACACGGAGUUUCCAAGGUCAAGUUCUUUGCAUGCUCAAAAAAGUCUUGGAGUUCACAGCGAUAGCAUUGAAGACUCCCCAGGUUUCCUAGCAAGAGAGAGGAUAGCUUCGAACCUCACACAGUUGCGACGCUCCGUUGACAUUUGCGAGAUUCCUAGACUGACUGUGGAAUUAGAGGAAGGCCCGGGCGUUGGUUCUUCCAAUGAGAGGAGGCAAAAGUUCAUUGACUAUGUAAAUUCAGAAUUAAGGAACCCUCACAAUCAUGAGAGAGAAGCUGUUGAACAAGUAACAUUGAAUUUGAAAAAAUCUCUUCGUUCACUUAAUGUGAAAGAGACCUAUCGGGCUUUUCAGAAAGAGAAAGCUAACAUUCGAAGAUCACUCAUUGAUGGUGAUCACCGAAGUUCGCCUCAAGCCUCUGUUGCAUCAAGGCUUGAUGGAAGGUCACCGCAGAGGGAGCCAUCGGUUCCACGCGACGACUUUGAAGGCAGGCGUGGAGGUCCAAACGUUGUUGCACGAUUGAUGGGACUAGAGGAAUUUUCUUCCCCUCCAUCUCGGGAGCCCAAAGAAGCAGGAUCUAUUGGCAUGGUUUCUAAAUGUCCGUCUCCGGACACCAGGCUUGGAGGGUGCGAUGCUUAUAGACAUGGUCAAUCAAGAGAAAGAAUUCUGAUGCCGAAACAUUGUCUAAUGGAUGGCAUGCCUUUUCCCAUGCAACAGCAAGAAGCUCUCGAAGCUUUGAAGAGCAAGCAUACUACAUCUGUAAAACAACUUGACAAGGAAUGCCCGUUGCCGAGCGUGCAAGUGUGCAAGUAUCCAACGUCCUCUCACGAAGCUCUUCACGCUGGUAUCAUACAACUACAACAGCUGCGGUUCUGGAACGCAAUGGAAGAGCGUGAUACUCUAAACCAAAUCCUGGGAACCUUACAAUUGAAGGGAUUAUUACAUUCGCCUCAAAGAAAGAGCCGGGAAGCAGCGAGUAGGGUGACAAGCAGCAGCCCCACACCAGCAUGCACUGACCAUGACAAUGCUCUUGACAAUCCAGCACCUCCUGAAUAUGGGAGGCUAAAGUAUCAAAGCAGAAAGUCGACUUCAGAUAAGCACGACGGGACCAUAGUCAUUAUGAAACCCUCUCAGACGAAAAUAGACGAUGCUUCUCCAAACAAAGUUGCAGAUUGUAAAUCUAAUAGAUCUGAAAGUUUUGGGGGGUCGGAAGCAACAACAAGCACUCGUUUCAGCGUCGAGGACGGAGGACUACCGAAAUCUGGUCGUGGAAGGUCGAGAAGCCCUGUGAGAUCUUCAAUAGCUCAACCGAGAAUGAACGACGAUGCCCAGUCAGAAAGUCCGUCGCUGCGACAUCCUUCAUGCGGAGAAGGUUGUCAAUCUCAGAAGGUCUGCCUCUCUGUCAAAGCAACAUCUGGCCAAAGCAAUGCUCGAUCGCGAUCGCCACAAAUGACACAUUUUCAAGGUCAUGCUUCUCAUUUGAGAGAUAAAAAAGAAUCCAAAGCAGCCCUGGUAACAGUAAGGGGCCAGUCUCCUAGGAUGUUGAAGAAAGAUGCGGGCUCAGAUAAGAAGAACAGCAGGGCACAAACUGCGAAGGUUUCAGCUGAAGUUGUUAGACUUAGUCGGCAAUCAAGAGUUCCGGGAAGGGACUUGUCCCCACCGCCUCGAAGAUCUUCGCCACUCGUGGGACAUCAUAUCGAGGACAAAAAUACAACAGAGAACAUUUUAGAAAAGACUAAGCCAGUAGAAGAAACAGUUGCCGCCACACAAGCGGUAACUCUAAAAGAAACCCACUGGCAGGAUUGGAAAAAAGAAUGCCAAGCAAGAGUGACUGCAGGAGGAGCAAUGGACCAAAGCGCAGUUAGUGGGAAUCACGAUCCAUGCGUCGAUCGCCAUACUUUGAUCAGUUCUCCAGCGAGGAUAAGAGCAAAGCUGCAGACAUUAAAAGAUCAACAAUUCCAGCUGAAGGGUCCUUCCGAUGUCGAGGAUUCUAAUGAAAUGAUGACGCCUAGAGGUUUUUCAGUGGAAAAAACUCGGGCUCUUGAGAAACAGCAAGGUCUUGAAGGCUGUGAGCAACUAAGUCCCGUGUCGGUUCUGAACAAGAGUAUUUUCGAGGAGGAAUGCAGUCCGAGUCCUACAGUCACAGUUGUUAUUGAAGAUACUUACGAACCUAAGGAAUGUGGCCUUAAAACAAGAGUCGAGAAUUCCGACCAGACUGCGAUCACCUCAUCGACGUCUGUUGAAAUUAAACAUGUGACUCAUGUACCUCCUCCGGAAUAUUGUGAUCAUCACGACCUGCCUGCUGAAAUACGACCUCCAUUAAACACCAGUGUCAUGCGCGACCAUAGUGCCACGCCUUCAUCGAGCAGAGACAACCUAGACAGGGAUCUCGCAGACGUGCUUCUAAUGCUUUCAGGAGUCGAGAAGGCGAAUUGGUUGAGCGACACGUUUUCCUCCGGAUUGUUGCAGGAUUUCGAAGGGAAUGACCAUGAACGGGCCACAGGUCUUGAACCACCUGGAAAUGCUGAUCUCUUCAGCAAGUGCCACCGACAGGCCCUAUUCGAUUUUACUUUAGAAUUGUUGACAACGAAGAUGACUGAGCACGAGAAUUUCCUGCCAUGGAUCAACCCAGCUUGGGCGGGUACAGGGCAGCAGCUCAAGAAACAAACCCUAGCAGAUGCAAUAUGGAAAGAACUGAAAGAGUUUCCAAGUGCUGCAUACAAUGACGAAUGUGAAAUCGUGAAAGGCAUUCUACAAGAGAAUUUAGGCUCGCGAGGUCCCAAAUGGACCGACUUUCAAGCUGAAGUAGGUGAAGUUGGCGUGGAAGUGGAGAAGAUGAUCUACAGGGAUUUGAUGGAAGAGGUGAUGAGGGAUCUAAAAUACUCGAGCUCGUGCAGAUACCUGUCCAGGCUCUUCGAAGCCGGCAGCGGCCCUCGUCGACAACUGUUUACUUAGAGAACGCUUUUGCCAUCAAUUUUUGUUCAAUUUGUGAAAAAUGGAGAGACAUGGGAUGAGUUGCAACUUGAAAUAACAGCUCAAUCGCCCGUUCUCUUGACAAGGACUCAUUUCAUAAUUCAAAAUAUGUUUUCACUUCAGAAAAACCUGAAGCUCAA